UUAUUAGUUUGAUCGGACAACGAAACAAGUAAAAUAAUCGCGUGGAUGUAGUGACUUGAAUGAUUUCAACCCGAUAGGAUUUUUGGAAAACGAUAUUGGAUGUUAACAACAGCCAUACAUUGUCCAGCAACAAAAACAAAGACUCAAAUAAAAAGGAAAACGUGUUUUAGGGGCCCGUGAUUUCUGCGAUAUUUACACCAACGUCACAGUCUGCUCAGCAAUGGCGAGCUACAAACUUCACUACUUUGACGUCCGGGGCCGCGCGGAGCUGAGUCGAUACCUCUUUCUGGCGGCAGGAAGGGACUUCGAGGACAACCGGAUACCGCAAGAUGAGUGGCCAAAUGUCAAACCAACGCUUGUGUACGGACAGGUUCCGGUACUUGAGGUGGACGGGAAGCAGCUGGCGCAGAGCAACGCCAUUGCACGAUUCCUCGCAAGAGAGUUUGAUCUUGCUGGUGCGAACAGCUGGGAGCAGGCGCUGUGUGACCAGACCCUGGAACUCAUUAACGACCUCAUUCAGGAAGUCGUCAAAUACUUCUUCGAAAAGGACGACGAGAGAAAGAAAGAGGUGGGGAAACAUUUAGCUGAAGUAGUAUAUCCCAAAUUCUUGGGAUACUUCGAAAAACAACUUGAUAAUAACGGCGGCAAAUAUUUAGUAGGAAGCGGGUUAACCGUAGCAGAUUUGGCAGUCUAUGCUGUUUUAGACACAGCUAUGCAAAAUUCGGAAACCUUCUUGGAGAAGCACGAGAAAUUGAGGGCUCAUCGAGACAUGGUAGGCGCCAUUCCGAGGAUACAGGAAUAUGUCAGCAAUAGAAAAAAGACUGACAUCUAGACUUUCAUUGCCAUAAUAACUGAACAAAAUAGAUAUUGUAAACGUAUGGUAUGGCAUUAUAUGGUAUGUACACUUGUUGGUAUGUAUUAUGUAUUCUUGUAUAAUAUGAAAUAAACAUUGAAGCAA